AUGAGUGGAUCAAGAGACGCAUAUCUAGUGAAGCUAAAUUUCGGCCUCGAAGACCUUUCGUACUUGAAAUUAGAAGGAAGUGUUUUUGUCGACGGGAGUUCUGAAGAAUGCGAGGUGCGGAGGAAGAGACCUAGCAUUGAGUGCUACGUCGUAGAUGAACAAUCUGGUGAAGAUCUUGCUGUCCGCAAUGAUAUAAAGCGGAUCCCCCACUUGCAUUUUCACAAAUUGGUUGAUGGGAUUAAAAUCGGAUCUGCUUGUGAGAAGAGUUCUUGCUUGAAGAAGCUCUUCUCUAUUCGAGACGAUGAAUCGACGAAUGGAGGCUUCGUUUUGACCAAGGAGGAAACGCAUUUACGGCGCUUCUCGCGUGUAAACUUAUUCAUCAACGAGGAAAACCUUUCUCUCAAAGGGAAAGCCGAUUUCACACUGAAGCACGGCGACAUAAUUGAGGGCUACAAUUCAGUUUGUGGAGUUUGCUUCAAGAUCAUGUUUCUCCAGUGUGAUGAACAUCACGUGAGACAACCAGCACAGAAUUCACCUCUACUCUCCUGUCCGUGGCCGGUCCUGAAGAAAAUUUUUUCAUGUUUCACUCCAUUUGAAAUUAUGGAAAAUAUUGUUCCGGUGUGUCGAAAAUUUUUUGAAUUGAUCAGAGCCGGAGAUAUUUGGAAUAAUCUCGACUUUCGUGUCAUUCAUGGCACCUCAUUUGUGCCAUUCGGACGUCUGGAUGACUUCUGCAAAGUUUUUUCUAACGGACGUGUUCGUCAGCUCACGCUGGACUUUAGGGUUCAAGAUGGACUGGAAGGAUUUGUUCCUCGGGACAGCUUGAGUUCCGUUUUCAAGAAUUUUGAUUGGCAGAAUUUGAAGGUGUUGCAGAUAAUUGCAUUGGAGGCCAAUGAUGAUGCCUUCUAUAAAUUCCUUGUGGAAAAUGGGAAAGUGCUUUCCCAGUUGGAAACGCUGCUGAUUCGUGAUGACCUCACAGGGAACUCGUUUCUGCGUGUGGCUGCGACUGGAAAACUUGUGCUUCCUGCUUGUCAGAAAGUUGCCCUAAGAUGCUUGUUCAAGAUACUGCCAACUAUUGAUAUGAGACUGGUUUUCCCCAGAUUGGAAGAACUCCAUCUGAUUCACACUGAAUUUCCUGCAUCAACAAUUUAUGGACGGCUUCUCAACAUGUCUCUUGCAACUCCUACCAUCCAGGAGUUUCUUGCACCUCUUGGCUCUGAAGUGCUCUCAAUCUUGCAUGGUUAUCAUUUGCCAGCAAAAAUGGAUAAGAAUGGUUGGGUCCUGGCUCAGCAGAAGGGUACUUUUAUGAACCUUGAGUCCCUGGGCAUGCAUGGGGACUUUUUUGAACAUGUGCCUGCAGCUGACAAAAAUCGUCCCAUUUUUCCGAAGUUGAGAUCGCUGUGGCUGAAAGACGUCUCUCUCAUAAAAAUAUUCCAUCAUUUACUGCUGCAAACGUCGCUUGAAAACCUGUGGAUCAGAAAUUAUCGUUCUCAGGCAACUGAAUCCAAUCGACGAAUUUGCCAGGACUUCCUUGACAGUCCCAAAGAAUGGGUGAAGAAUUUGAAAUACGUUUCAGCUGAUCUCUGGGAGACAUACAUUCCCUACGAAAACCUCCACCACCUGGAAUGCGUCGCUUUAUUUUUUCGAUGCAAAGCCGCGGUAAAAUUUGCAAAGAGAGUCUUUGAAAAGCUUCGCAGCUGUUCCAAGCUGCAAGGAUUGAUUCUUCGUGUACGGGAUGAUCUUCAGCUGCGAUCCCUUAACCCAUUGCAGCAAAAUUUGGAGUUUGCUGUAUUUACGGGUACCAAUCGUCGCAGUGCAAUGGCUGCGCUAGAUUUCAUCCGACGGAGUCAAAAUUCGUUGAAGGAUCUUUGGAUUCAAAUGGAUCACACAGAGGAUCUGGAAAAACUGGUCCCAGCCUUGAAUGCUUUCAAGCGACUGAGGAACGUCGUGUUUGUGCUGAAAAACUCAUUUGGCAGAGGCAGAAUUGGCGUGCUUGACCAAGGUUGGUUAGAGGUUGCAUUGAAUAAACGGGUUGAUCCGGAAGGUGCUUUGAAGCAAGCGACGCUGUUUCUUCCGUCGUCAUCAGUGGAUUCAGGAUCUGAUUACUCAUCUUACACCUACAACCCUGCGAUAAUGGAAAAGGCUGAUUUUUCGUUGGAAUUCGUUACCCGAUUUUAUUUCCAAUGGCUGAAGUUUAUACCAGACAAGAAAGAACUCGAACAAGCAGAUUUGUUUCAUAUUAACGGCGAUCCGGAUGCUUACUAUGUUGCAACGUCCAGCGUGGAAUGGCAGAGGAAAGUGCGAAGUUUUCGUGCGGAUGCGUCACGAGAUUUCACUCGGAAUGGUUGA